AUGGCUUCCGAUGAAGAAGUCGAAGAUAAUUACGCGGGGGAAGAAGAAGUUGAUGAGAGCAAUGCUCAGGUAACGGCUGUCAACCCACCGCCCGAGGGUUCAUCUGAUGCUGAAGAUGCUCAAAGACCUGAGGAAGAUGACGAUUACGAACCAGAGGAACGUAAGAAAAAGAAAGGCAAAAAGAGGAAAGCUAGAGGUGACGAUAAAAAAGGAAAGAAAAAGAAGAAAAAGAAAAAAUCUGAUUCUGGAGAUGAAAGCGACUUUGGAGCAGAAGUUGCUGAAGGAGCUGGUGAAGAUAGUGACUAUGCGAGUAAUCGUAAAAGCAGAAAAUCAUCAUCAAGAAAAUCAUCUGGCCAUACACCAGCUGCACCUGUACAACAAGAACCAGCAACUGGAAUGCCGACGAUAGAAGAAGUUUGCAGUACAUUUGGUCUUACCGAUGUACAGAUUGAUUACACUGACGCUGAUUUCCAGAAUUUAACGACUUAUAAAUUGUUCCAACAACAUGUUCGACCUCUUCUUGCUAAAGAGAAUCCAAAGGUGCCAAUGUCCAAGUUGAUGAUGCUGGUAGCUGCCAAAUGGCGUGACUUUUCCGAACUAAAUCCUCAUACACAACCAGAUGCAGAAGUUUCAACGCAAAAUGUUGAAGAAGAAACCAGGAGUGUUAGGCCAAACCGUGGUGCUCCUACUCUAGAAGUAGAAGAAGAUGAAGAUGAUGAUUAUGACAGUGAUCGAAAGAAAAAAUCACGUGGUUCACGUGCUAAGAAAGGAAAAAAAGCGUCUAAAGUACCCACACUUAAAAUUAAGUUAGGCAAACGUAAACGUGGAAGCUCUGAUGAAGAAGCAGAAGGUAGCGCUGCAGGCUCUGACAGAGAUUCUGACGUAGAGUUUGAGCAAAUGUUAGCUGACGCUGAAGAAGUACCGGCUGCUGAGAAUAAUACAAAGGGCACUGAAGACGCGGCUGCAGAACCAACAGCUGAGCCUCCAACUGACCACCAGGAUUACUGUGAAGUGUGUCAACAAGGUGGUGAAAUAAUUCUCUGUGACACGUGUCCACGAGCUUAUCACUUGGUGUGUUUAGAGCCUGAGCUGGAAGAAACUCCUGAGGGCAAGUGGAGCUGUCCACACUGCGAAGGCGAAGGUAUUACAGGUGCCGCUGAAGAUGACGACGAGCACAUGGAAUUUUGUCGUGUAUGUAAAGAUGGCGGUGAAUUAUUAUGCUGCGACAGUUGUACGAGUGCUUAUCACACGCACUGUUUGAGCCCACCGUUAUCAGAAAUUCCUGAUGGUGAUUGGAAAUGUCCGCGAUGCUCUUGUCCACCGAUAAUGGCUAAAGUAUCAAAAAUUUUAACUUGGCGAUGGAAAGACCUUCCAGAUGCUCCAUCAGAAGAGCCUUCAACAAGUAAAGCUACUCCGAAAAAACGAAGAGUCCGUGAAUUUUUUGUUAAAUGGGCUGAUAUGUCUUACUGGCAUUGCGAUUGGAUAAGCGAAUUGCAACUUGACGUAUUUCAUCCACUUAUGUUCCGUAAUUACACGCGUAAGUAUGAUAUGGAUGAACCACCUAAACUAGAGGAGCCACUCGAUGAGCACGAUUCACGGGCAAUACGUAAUAAACGUGAUUGUACUGACAAUAAAGAGCACUAUAAUAUGGAAGACCGUUUCUUCAAGUACGGUAUCAGACCCGAGUGGAUGAUAAUUCAUCGUAUUAUCAAUCAUCGUACGGCAAGAGAUGGACGUGCCACGUAUUUAGUUAAAUGGCGUGACCUUGGUUACGAUCAAGCAACUUGGGAAGACGAGAAUGCUGAUAUCCCGGGCUUUAAACAAGCUAUCGAUUAUUACUCUGACUUACGUGCUGCUAAUUGCGCUGAUGGACACACCUCAAGAAAAGGCAAAAAAGGCAAAGGCAAAAAAUCUAAAACACGUGAAUUAAUUGAUGAUGAAGAACGUCAGCCGAAACGAUACACUCCACCGCCAGAUAAGCCUACAACUGAUUUAAAGAAAAAAUACGAACGUCAGCCUGAUUACUUGGAUUGUACUGGUAUGCAGCUUCAUCCUUAUCAAUUAGAAGGUCUCAAUUGGUUACGUUACUCUUGGGGUCAAGGUAUCGAUACUAUUCUUGCUGAUGAAAUGGGUCUCGGUAAAACUAUACAAACCAUUGUAUUCUUGUAUUCUCUUUACAAAGAAGGACAUUGCAAGGGACCAUUCCUUGUUUCCGUUCCACUUUCAACUAUUAUUAACUGGGAACGUGAAUUUGAAACUUGGGCGCCAGAUUUUUACUGCGUUACGUAUGUCGGUGAUAAAGACAGUCGUAUUGUUAUACGUGAAAAUGAAUUGUCAUUUGAAGAAGGUGCUGUACGAGGUAACCGAGCCACAAAAAUACGCUCAUCAUCUAUCAAAUUUAAUGUACUGCUGACAAGUUAUGAGCUUAUUUCUAUUGACUCAGCAUGCUUAGGAUCUAUUGAUUGGGCUGUAUUAGUAGUAGAUGAAGCUCAUCGUCUUAAAUCUAAUCAAUCUAAAUUCUUCAGACUGUUAGCGUCUUACAAUAUUGCUUACAAAUUAUUAUUAACUGGUACACCUUUACAAAAUAAUCUGGAAGAAUUGUUCCAUUUGUUGAAUUUCCUUUGUCGUGACAAAUUCAACGAUUUGUCAGCGUUCCAAAAUGAAUUUGCAGAUAUUUCAAAAGAAGAGCAAGUUAAAAAAUUACACGAAAUGCUUGGACCUCACAUGUUGCGUAGAUUGAAGGCUGAUGUAUUGAAAAAUAUGCCCAGUAAAUCUGAAUUUAUUGUACGUGUUGAGUUGUCACCAAUGCAGAAGAAAUAUUACAAGUAUAUAUUGACGAGAAAUUUCGAAGCUUUAAAUCCAAAAGGAGGUGGUCAGCAAGUAUCAUUAUUGAAUAUUAUGAUGGAUUUGAAGAAAUGCUGUAAUCACCCGUACUUAUUCCCCGCGGCGUCCCAAGAAGCACCCACUGGUCCUAAUGGUAACUAUGAGCCAAAUGCAUUGAUUAAAGCUGCUGGUAAAUUAGUUCUUUUAAGUAGAAUGUUAAAAAAAUUACGCGAUGAUGGACAUCGUGUUCUUAUAUUCUCUCAAAUGACUAAAAUGUUGGAUAUAUUGGAGGAUUACUUAGAAGGAGAAGGUUAUAAAUAUGAAAGAAUAGAUGGUAAUAUAACGGGUACACAACGACAAGAGGCUAUUGACAGAUUUAAUGCCCCAGGUGCUCAACAAUUUGUCUUUUUAUUGUCAACACGUGCCGGUGGUCUUGGUAUUAAUUUAGCAACAGCUGACACUGUGAUAAUAUACGAUUCUGACUGGAAUCCACAUAACGAUAUCCAAGCAUUCAGUAGAGCGCACAGAAUUGGUCAAGCUAAUAAAGUUAUGAUAUAUCGAUUUGUAACUCGUAACUCUGUUGAAGAACGUGUUACCCAAGUUGCCAAACGUAAGAUGAUGCUUACACAUUUAGUCGUGAGACCUGGUAUGGGUGGUAAAGGUUCUAAUUUCAGUAAACAAGAAUUAGAUGAUAUAUUGCGUUUUGGUACUGAAGAAUUAUUUAAAGAAGAAGAGGGUAAAGAGGAUGAAGCUAUUCACUAUGACGAAAAAGCUGUUGCCGAAUUGCUCGAUCGUAGUAAAGAGGGAAUUGAGCAAAAAGAAAAUUGGGCAAACGAGUACUUAAGUUCAUUUAAAGUUGCCUCUUACGUCACGAAGGAAGGUGAAACUGAAGAGGAAGCUGACACUGAAAUUAUCAAACAGGAAGCUGAGAACACUGAUCCGGCAUACUGGAUUAAGUUACUCAGGCAUCAUUAUGAACAACAGCAAGAAGACAUGGCGAGAACUCUUGGUAAGGGUAAACGUGUUAGGAAACAAGUUAAUUACAACGACGGUGGUGUGACGGGUGACCAGGGAGCUCGGGAUGAUCAGCCUUGGCAAGAUAACUUGUCAGAUUACAACAGCGAUUUUAGUGCUCCUAGUGAUGAUGACAAGGAGGACGAUGACUUUGAUGAAAAGGGUGAUGGUGACUUGUUGUCUCGUCGUAGUAGACGUCGUUUGGAGCGACGUGAUGAGAGAGACAGGCCAUUGCCGCCUUUACUUGCACGUGUUAAUGGAAAUAUUGAGAUGCCUUCAAUUCGCAAUGUUAGGACUGCUUUAAUCUGUAGGUUGGUGCGAGACCUACGGGGGAAAUCGGAAAAGAACUUCAAGGCCUACGUAUCACUCUUCAUGCGUCAUCUCUGUGAACCAGGUGCCGACAACGCGGAAACAUUCGCCGAUGGUGUCCCACGGGAGGGAUUGAGUCGUCAGCAUGUACUCACCAGAAUAGGUGUUAUGUCAUUGAUUCGUAAGAAAGUACAGGAGUUUGAGCAUAUAAACGGUUAUUAUUCGAUGCCGGAGAUGAUCCGCAAACCAGUUGAGCCAGUUAAAUCAGAACCAAACGCUACUGCUGCAACUACCACCACGGUAGCUACAACGGCAGCAACUACUACAACGUCGACAAUUGCAACUACCAUCACAACAGUCGCUACUCCCGAAACAUCAGGUACAACAACUGCAGCCAACAGCAGCAGCGCAACUCCGGCUACGUCUAAUGCACCAAGUCCAACUUCUACGGCAACGUCAACGUCGACAGCAACAACUCCAGUGAUGACGGCUACCGUAAACUCAGCAGCUACAAGUGCUGAUGUUAAACCAGCAGACGCUGCUGAAGUUAAAGAAGCUAAGGAUGAGGUUAAGGAAAAAGAUCCAGAGGAUAAGAAUGAUAUUAAGGAUUCUAAAGAAACAACAGAAGUGACGAAUGAUAAGGAGAAUAAUGAUAAAGAUGAUGAUGUCAAGAAGGAAAAAGAAGUUGAAGAAUCCCCAGAUAAAGAAAAAGAAAAAAUUGAAAUUAAGGUUGAGAAAGAUCUAAUAAUUAAGUCUGAAGAAAAGACCACAAGUGUACAAAAAAUCAACGCUGACGCUGAUGAGGAUGUUGUAAUUGUCAAAGAUGACGAUGAGGAGGACAAGAAAGAUGAUAAAAGUGGCAUUAAAGAUAAAGAUACUAAAGACAGUGAGCCAGAAGUAAAACCUAAACGUAAAUUUAUGUUCAAUAUUGCUGAUGGUGGUUUUACUGAAUUACACACUCUGUGGUUGAAUGAAGAAAAAGCCGCGGUACCUGGUCGUGAAUAUGAAAUCUGGCACCGACGACACGACUACUGGCUUCUGGCUGGUAUUGUCACUCAUGGGUACGGUCGCUGGCAAGACAUCCAGAAUGACAUUAGAUUUGCUAUCAUCAAUGAGCCUUUCAAGAUGGACGUUGGCAAGGGUAAUUUCUUGGAAAUAAAAAAUAAAUUCCUCGCACGGCGUUUCAAGCUCCUUGAGCAGGCUCUGGUUAUUGAAGAACAAUUGAGAAGAGCUGCGUAUCUGAACUUGACUCAGGAUCCAAAUCAUCCAGCGAUGAGCUUGAACGCGAGAUUCGCUGAAGUCGAGUGUCUCGCAGAGUCACACCAGCAUUUGAGUAAGGAGAGCUUAGCUGGAAAUAAACCUGCUAAUGCAGUAUUGCACAAAGUUCUUAAUCAAUUGGAAGAACUGUUGUCAGAUAUGAAAUCUGAUGUUAGCCGUUUACCGGCUACUCUUGCACGUAUACCACCAGUUGCCCAACGGCUUCAAAUGUCCGAACGCUCAAUUCUCAGUCGAUUGGCUGCUACAGCUCCUGGCGCGGCUAAUAAUCAAACUGGGCAAGCUGCAUUAUUAGCUCAACAAUUUCCAGCAGGAUUCUCCGGUGGGCAAUUACAAGCUACUUUUGCCGGAGCCGCUAACUUUGGUAACUUCAGGCCACAAUACUCUGUACCGGGACAACCACCACAAGGUUUUACAGGUAAAUAA